CGUAGGAGGGUGGAAUCUCUGAGUGAUGGUGACCAACUGCAAAAGUCACCUCUGCAGGACGUAUGGCAUUUCUCAGGAUCGCUCAAGCGUGGCAACGCAUGUUCAAGUGCAAGCGGCCUACCACAAGAAGUGAGAAUCUUGGAGAUCGCUGACUGUAUGAUGGCUCUGCCCCGCCGUCUUACUCUUGGCGUGUUUACGCCCCGCGGUGUCGUAUUCGAUCAUCAUAGAGCCCUCUCAACGUCUCUAUAACAGUCUGGUGCUCUCAGGGCUUCUGGAAGCAACCCGUGACGCUACAUCAGAUCCUGUAGUUCACCGCAACAUACCUAAAGGCACCGCAAUCAACCACCAAUCAAAGUACAACUCCAACGACUAGUACGAAAGAAGGCCAGAUGAUAGUCUGGUCUACACGCACAUAUUCUUCAACGUUUCAUCUGAGCAUUGUUUUCCUUGCGUUGUCCUGCCCAGCCGAUAUCACAAGCCAACACCGAGGAUGCGAUCUACCACCGUGGAACCAGGGGAGGCACUGGAACGAAAAGUCGAGGAAUACAAACCUCGAGAGACAUGCAACACAACACGAACCAAGAGUAACCUUCUUUGUCUGCCAGCGGAGAUUCGGAUGAUGAUCUGGGAGUGUCUCGUAGCUGAAAAGCUCAUCAUAUUCUAUCGGAAAGGCGGCCAGAUUACAUCCAGUUUCCUAGACAGACACGGUACACUGAGUAUCAACAAAGCGACUUCACAUAUUGUGUACGAUGUAGCAAAUAGAUCUAGAACCAAGUUACCACCGACGAGGUCCAAGUCGAAAGCUGACCUCAUGGCUCUGCUUCAGACGUGCCAAACGAUAUCUCUGGAGGCCACCAAGGUCUUCUACCAGGAAAACACGUUCGUCUGCCUUGACAGCGUCGUACUAGUCGAUCUGUGUAACGGACAGUCGUCGUCCAACAUGUCUCUCAUUCGCUCUUUGCAGUACUCCAUCGGUACCCGCAAAUUCUUCUCGUCUGCAAGCACCCAAUCAGAGCGCGAAAUGGUACCGUCUCCUUGCGAUGUUGAGACAUCGGAGAGCGUUAGCAAAUUCUUCCACCGGCGGUUUCCCAACCUUCGAAACCUAUCGAUAUUUCUUUAUGGACCCCCCAGCCAUGAUGAAGAAUAUGCAAAUAUGCUAGGACAUCUGCAAAAUGUCUAUGUGCAAAGGAUAUCGAUAACCAUGAACGCACUAGAGUUACCAGAAGCCUACUUUGUCAGGAACGCUACCCUUCCCUCUUUGCCCUAUACUGAUGGACGCGUUAGGGUAGUGGUGAGCUCGACGCGUCCUGGGUGUUUUAUCUCGUACCAGAAGGCGAUCGAAUGGGAAAAUCCAAGAGUCGAAGACGACACCUGGAUAACCGGGUCACUGUGGCUCGGACCUCUUCAUGAAGCAGACGCGACGUUGAAGUUAUUGACUUAUGCAGUGCUUAUACCCGAGGAUGAGAAAGAGCAUGCAGUGCAGGAACAUGAACCGGCCUUACUGUGGGAUAUUAUUCCCGCUGAGUGGUAUAGCAGCUGCAGCUUCGCAUGAAUUUAUCCGACGUAUCUUCUCGAAUUCUCUGCACAUCGAAGGAGCAUUUGGUUGCCGAGUGGAGCUGGAUCCAUGCAGCAGGCGGCAUUCUCCAUUAUAUG